UUGAAGAGUACUCAGCAGUGCUUGUUUUUUUGCUCACCGUUCUGCCCAGGCUGCUUAGGCAAGGCUGCUGCAUUCAAGUUUUUGUACGGGACAAAGUUUGCGCGUUGGUUAGAUAUUUGAGGAAAGUCAUACGCAAUGACCGGGCAUCAUUGGGGAUACGGAGAGGAAGAUGGUCCCUCUGCCUGGCACAAAGCCUACCCCCUCGCAGAGGGCGACCGCCAGUCUCCCAUCAACAUUGUGCCGGCAGAUGCAGAGUUUGACCCCAGCUUGCCACCGCUCUUCCUGUCUUACGACCUUGGCUCCUCUGUCAUCAUCUCUAACAACGGACACUCUGUUGUGGUGGAGUUUGAUGAUUCGGACGACAGGACUGUGAUGAGGGGGGGUCCACUUGACAAUGCCUACCGCCUUAAACAGUUCCAUUUCCACUGGGGGGGCAAGGGUUGUCAUGGCAGCGAACACACUGUAGAGGGCAAGACCUACGCGUCUGAGCUACACCUGGUCCACUGGAAUGCAGCAAAGUACCAGACUUUUGGGGAAGCUGCCCAAAAACCAGAUGGCUUGGCUGUCCUCGGCAUCUUCCUGGAGUCAGGAGACGACCACAGAGGGCUUCAUCAGAUUACAGACGCACUCUACAUGGUCAAGUUCAAAGGCAGUGUGGCUGAUUUUAAAGGCUUCAGUCCCAGGUUUUUAUUACCCAGCAGCCUUCACUUUUGGACCUACCUCGGCUCCCUGACCACGCCCCCUCUGCACGAGAGUGUCAUCUGGAUUGUGCUGAAAGAGCCAAUUAAAGUGUCAGAGAAACAGAUGGGGAAGUUCCGAAUGCUCCUCACCUGUGGCGAAGAAGAGGAGAACAGGAAACGCAUGGAGAACAACUUCCGCCCUCCGCAGCCACUGAAAGGCAGGAAAGUUCGAUCCUCCUUCCAGUGACCUGAGUUCUGAGGGAAUGACUGAAGGAGGAGUUGGUGAAGGUGGAGUGGGAGGAAGUGGGAAACAGGGAAGAACAGGAUGUGGAGAUGAUGAACGCAGGUUCUUGUCUCCUAUUUAUGGGUUGGUCUCAUCUCAACAUAAUUCUGAAGGGAAUGUAGCGGUACAAACUAGGAGUGUGGAUAGUAGGAAAAGUGACAUAAAAUAUUUAUUCAGGUUUUAUUUAUUUGGCCAACAUACAAAUAGUCCAUGUAGCAAGUACAGCAGAUGUGUACAUAUCGGAAAUGCACAUUUCUAACAGUAUAACUGUGUGCUGAUGCUGUCACUGUGUGCAUGCCAGGUGCUGUUAUUGUACUUGUCUACUCUCCGUCUGGCUGUCUAUCCCUCUGUCUGUGUGCCUCCUUGCCCAGGAGGUUCUGUCUGCUGGGGAAAGAUGACGCCAUGAUCUGUAAGUCAUGUGACUCACUGUGGUCCAAUUUGUGAGUGGUUCCAUAGCUCCUCUGCACUGAGCCUGGUUGAUCCAGAGUUACACAGGCAAUUUCACACUUGCAUUCACACCCAGACGACAGACACAGUAGUGGGGGACUAGUACACAGACACAGUGGUAAGAGACCAGAGACGGUGAGGGCCUGGACCAUAAAUACCGGUGCCGGAAAGUCUAUAUGUCCUCAUGACAGGGAAAAUAUGCUAAUAGGUUAAAGAUUUGGGUUUUACUAAGUUUAUCUAUGGGGGAUACUAUAUCUAUUUGAAUGCCCUUGAAUACUCUUUGAAUUGUUUAUGCAUGAAUCACUGACUGUACUGUUUUCUAACUGUUGGAUAUAAAAAAGAAUGUUAACAUAAUUUAUUUUGAAAUUAAAGUUUGAGUGAAAGAA